ACACACACACUCACACGCACGCACGCACACACACACACACGGCUUCCUUCUCAAGCGCAGUGACUUCACUUCCCAAAUUUAGAGGAAAAAAACCAUCCGGCGAAACUGUCUCUGUCUCUCCGCCACAUAUCGGGGGCUGGAAUUAAUUCAGACGCGUGUCAUGUUUGGAAUAUUGUCGGGCUCCACUGAAAAUUGCGCAAAAUGGACGGAACUAUCAAGGAGGCGCUGUCAGUGGUGAGUGAAGACCAGUCUCUGUUCGAGCCUCCGUACGCCGCUGCUGCUCCCUUACCCAAGACAGACAUGACUGCGUCCGGCGCACAGGACUACGGUCAGCCUCACAAGAUCAACCCUAUCCCGCCUCAGCAGGAGUGGAUCAACCCGCCCGGCCGGGUUAAUGUCAAGCGAGAGUAUGACCACAUCAAUGGAUCCAGCAGAGAGUCCCCGGUGGACUGUAGUGUGGGUAAAUGCAAUAAAAUGGUAGGCGGGACCGACGCAUCUCAGAUGAGCUACACCAGCUACAUGGACGAGAAGUGCGCUCCGCCCCCAAAUAUGACAACCAAUGAGAGGAGAGUUAUCGUCCCAGCAGACCCUUCUCUCUGGUCUCCAGACCAUGUGCGGCAAUGGUUAGACUGGGCCAUUAAAGAGUAUGGUCUUCAGGAGAUCGACACGGCCAUGUUCCACAACACAGAUGGAAAAGAACUUUGCAAGAUGAGCAAAGAAGACUUCCUGAGACUUACCAGCGUCUACAACACGGAGGUCCUGCUCUCACAUCUCAAUUACCUCAGGGAAAAUGCGUCUUACGAUGCUGUACGGAGGGCAGGCUGGUCAAACAACAUGCACAGCGGCAAAGGCUCUCCUACGGUGGUGUCUCAGAACGUGUCCAAGAACACUGAACAGGCUCGGCCUCAGCCCGAUCCUUACCAGAUUCUAGGACCCACCAGCAGUCGACUCGCUAACCCAGGCUCUGGUCAAAUCCAGCUGUGGCAGUUCUUGUUGGAGCUGCUUUCUGACAGCAACAAUGCCGCCAUCAUCACCUGGGAGGGCACUAAUGGAGAAUUCAAGAUGACCGACCCAGAUGAGGUGGCCAAGCGCUGGGGGGAGCGGAAGAGCAAGCCUAACAUGAACUAUGACAAGCUCAGCCGGGCCCUCCGCUACUACUAUGACAAGAACAUCAUGACCAAGGUGCAUGGCAAACGCUAUGCAUACAAAUUCGAUUUCCAGGGCAUCUCCCAAGCCCACCAAAACCAUCCUCCAGAAGGGGGCGUGCUCAAAUACCAGGCUGAAGUGCCGUAUGUGCAAAGCUACCACAGUCACCAGCCAAAAAUGAACUUCAUGGGCACUCAUUCAACCCCUAUGCCCGUUUCCACUGGGAAUUUCUUUGGGCCUCCAACCACCUACUGGAACUCUGCAACCGGAGUGGUCUAUCCAAGCUCACCCAUGCCACGACAUCCCAGCACUCACUCUCAUUUGAACUCUUAUUACUAAAACAAUCAAAUUUUUAAGCCCUGGAUUUCAUAUCAUAACAAAACAGCAACUAUUCUUGAUCCCUCAUCCAGUGCAAAAACAUUUGUAGCAACUCCAAACAGUUCUCCAUCUCACUCCAUCUUUUGUACAGUAUAUAUAUGCAUAUCAAACAAAGCUGUACGUCUUCUGGGCUAAAUUGUAAAUAUGUCAUGCAUGUUUUAUAUAAGGCAUUGAAAGGACUUCUCUAACAUUGCCCAAACCCAUGCAUACUCAUCUCUGUUUUAAAAUGUAAUAUUCCUUUGUAAGCAUGUUCUUUUUUGUACAGUUUUCUUUAAAUCAAAUACUUUGCCCAAUGUAACGUUAUAUUUCAAACCAAUAAACCAUGUAGCUCACUUAA